GCUACUAUCAGUUCAUGUGCAUCAGAUUUAUUUAAAAUGCGGUGUCUUUGCAUAGUAUCCAUUAUCCUUAUCCUUUGUUGCUUAAUAAUAAAGGGACAACGUUUAAACUGUAGCAGAAUUCGUGAAAAUUGUGAGCCCUGUACCCGCCGUUUGGUGGAUCCCAUCAACAAUCUGGACUUUAUAAACAGGGAUUGCAGGGAAAGUGUCGGCGAACGUUGGAUUUGGCGUGAUGUAAGGCGUUGUGACAUGCAAAUUGUUGCCUGUGAAAAUCAUGACAGCAAACUGGAUUGUGAUACCGUGGCUAGGUUGGCUGGAAUGAGAAGGCGUCAUUAAUUUUAACUGAUUGAAUAAAUUCAAAAGUUACUAAAAAUA